GCAGCCUCCUUCCCCGCAGGUCCCCUUCCCAGCGCGACCCGGGCUCCCCCGCGGGCCAUGGAGCCGGCGGCCGGGAACCUCAGCGAGGGGAACGCGAGCGGGCCCGAGCCCCCCGCCCCGGAGCCCCGGCCGCCCCUCGGCAUCGGCGUCGAGAACUUGGUCACGCUGGUGGUGUUCGGCCUCAUCUUCGCGCUCGGCGUGCUGGGCAACAGCCUGGUGAUCACCGUGCUGGCGCGCAGCAAGCCGGGCAAGACGCGCAGCACCACCAACCUGUUCAUCCUGAACCUGAGCGUCGCCGACCUGGCCUACCUGCUCUUCUGCAUCCCCUUCCAGGCCACGGUGUACGCGCUGCCCACCUGGGUGCUGGGCGCCUUCAUCUGCAAGUUCAUCCACUACUUCUUCACGGUCUCCAUGCUGGUCAGCAUCUUCACUCUGGCCGCGAUGUCGGUGGACCGCUACGUGGCCAUCGUGCACUCCCGGCGCUCCUCGCUGCGGGUGUCCCGCAACGCGCUGCUGGGCAUGGGCUUCAUCUGGGCGCUGUCCAUCGCCAUGGCCUCGCCCGUGGCCUACCACCAGCGCCUCGUCCACCGGGGGGUUGGCAACGAGACCUUCUGCUGGGAGGAGUGGUCCAACGAGCGCCACAAGAAGGCCUACGUCGUGUGCACCUUCGUCUUCGGCUACCUGCUGCCGCUCCUGCUCAUCUGCUUCUGCUACGCCAAGGUCCUUCAUCAUUUGCAUAAAAAGUUGAAGAACAUGUCAAAGAAGUCAGAAGCAUCCAAGAAAAAGACGGCGCAGACCGUGCUGGUGGUGGUCGUGGUCUUUGGUGUCUCCUGGCUGCCGCACCACGUCAUCCACCUCUGGGCUGAGUUUGGGGUCUUCCCGCUGACCCCCGCCACCUUCCUCUUCAGAGUCACCGCGCACUGCCUGGCAUACAGCAAUUCCUCCGUGAACCCCAUCAUUUACGCAUUUCUCUCAGAGAACUUCAGGAAGGCCUAUAAGCAAGUGUUCAAGUGUGACCUUCACAGGGAAUCACCUCUUAGUGAGGUUAAAGGAAAUAAAAGCCGAAUAGAUGCCCCGUCAUCAACCAACUGUACUCAUGUGUGAAAAGGGUGGAGCAGAGAGCUCGACGGCAGAGCCUCUGAACGUGGGGCCAGAGACACGAGAAAGGGAAAUGAGAUAGUGAGCAAGGCUGCCACCUGCCAUCCUAGCAACAGUUCAUAUUAUCUUGGUUCAGUUUCAUCUGUGUUAAAAAGAACUUUGAUCCAUUUAGGAAAUCUCUGUCUGGUGAAGAUUAUCCCUAAAUUUUAUUUAUAAAUUCUAUGAAAACAAAAGAAAAUGCUUUGUAGUUUUAUAACUCUAAAGAAAGGUGUAAUAGAAUUCCAUGGAUAUGUUCAAUUUUUCAGAGAAUAAGGAAUAAGGAACAUCCUCAAAAUACAGCCAGGAAUAUUUGUGAUCUACAUUUUGAAGCAAAUUUAUUUAGAAAAAACAUUCAUGCUUUGAUUCUUCGAUUUUAAGAGAAGAGGUAAUAUUAAAGCUACAUGUUUUGAAGUGUGAUAAUGGGCACACAAUGAAAAUUUUACUUGAAUUUGGUUUUUGUGUGGCCAUUUAUACAGAGACGCAUCUUUCAGAUGGGAAUAGUACUUUUCUCAAAUAAUUUUAUUUGCACAGGUCGUAUUUCAGGGUUUCUGAUGAUGUGCUGCAUCUGUCUGUGGUCCUGAGGUCCAUGAGGUUUAUCUCAGGAGGCCAACAGGUGCUGUGUCAGUCCCUCCAGGCUGCCGCCCUUAGCACUGCCGGUUAAAAUCUAUUCUGUGAACUUAGGCUUUGUUAACUAAAAAAAUCAGGGCAAAGUUCCAAGUGUGACUAUCCCAGUAGCGGAAGCUGAGAACAAGGUUUUGAGGAUGAACUGGCUGUUAGAAUGUCAUAUACAUACUUGGCCAAAGUAUUAGCUGUAUGUCACUGAGGAUGACGAGUAGAAAGUGAUUUCUAUGGUGCCAAAGGCUCACCAGAACCCAGUUAAGUCACAUGAAGUAAUGGUCAGGCCACACGGGGAAAGUGUAUCGAGCAUUUGGCUCGGAUAAUGUUUGAAGAAGACACACCUUGCAAAUGGAUAUUCAUGCAGAUGUUGCACAAAUGCUUUUCUCCUUACAUUUGUAAUCAUGUUAGAUGCACAUUUAUCCCAAAUAUUACUCCCUCUGGGAAUGUUAAUUCGAGGUUAAAAUCAUCAUGACUUGAAUUUCAAAUGUAGUUUUCAUGGCAAUUUCAUAUUUAUUCAUGUUUACAAUGAGAAAAUGGGAUGAGAAGAUUAAAUUAUCCUAUAUUAGAAAAGUAGAUUUCAGACUGCAAGACUUCCAUACAUUUUAGGGAGAUACAAAAGCAAAAUUUUUUUGAAAAAGGAUUUCAUGUAAUGUAGACCAGGGUCACAUCAAGAUGCUAUAUGAACUAUCAAAUUUUAGCUCAAAAAACAAACUCGAUUUAAGGAUUUGCAUGCUAACUUCUGCAGUGCAUCAAUUUAUUUUCAGUAAUCAUAUUCCUCUGGCAAGCAGUGUUUACAUUUGCAACAGUUCAAAUGACUUUCUGGACCAAGCAGGAGAAAGUUGUUAGACAGUUUGGGAAGGCAUGAGCUUUUCUGUUUGGUGGCAGGGGAAGAAGGUGUGUGUAUGUGUAGGUGUAUGUGAGUAUUUUAAAGACAAGCACACAUCCCUUGCAUGGAAACGUUUAUGCACUUUAUUUGGAUAUAGCAGCAGAAACAUUUUAUCCUGAGAACAACACUUCAUGUGCUCUGUGGGACAUGGGGUUACCACUGCCAACACCAGCACUUCGCUGUGCACGAACUACGUGGCUGUGUGAGCAGGUGCCUCCUGGCUGCCUGGGACUGCACCGGUGACAGUAAUGUCCUGCACCAGCUAAUGUCCUUGCUUUCCUUUUCUGAUUCCUGCACACAUGUGUGAAAGUAUUACAAACUACAGCAGCUAAUACUGCUAUUUGCUAAGAAUCAUGUAGAGAUGUGCUUCCUCAGGGUUCCUGUGGUCCCUCCCGGUGGCUGUGGCCUGACGGAAGCUAUAGACAUAGCCCCCAAAACAUGCAGAACUCUGGAACUCCAAACUUGCUGAGCGUGGAUGUGAACCACUUUGGCUGAUGGUUGGAGAGGCUAUUCUUCCUGCCCGUCGUCAUUUUAUUCAGUUCCUCUUAUUCAGAGCUCCCGUCCAAUGGUCUCCUUUUAUAGCCGGUCCGAUACUGAUGCUCGUCUAUGUCCCGCAAAGGUCUGCAAGAAGUUCCCUGGCAGAAGAGCUCCCCAAGGACUUGUAGUGGGCUUCAGCCACCCGGCAAGUCUGAGGAGUGCCUUGCUUGGCCACGCAGCUGUCUUCUGGGAGGCUGAUUCCCUAACAGAUGAAUAACGCAGCCAACUCAGAGGUGCCUUCUCUUCUUCAUCAAACAAAGAGGGCCUCCCAGACACGUGCUUUUUCUUCCAGCAGCCGGAAUGAAGGAGAAACACUGUUUGCUUUUGGAGUCAGGCUGUUUGAACACCAUGUAUUUCAGUUAACUUCAAAGAGACUUCUCCCUUAGGCUUGGCUGCCUCCGCACCCCAAGGCAGCUGCUAUUUUUCUGGGCUUUUUGCUUUCAUGCAGGCAGACAGGCUCUGGAAUAUUUGAGGAGCUGAAGUGCUUGCUCUUUCGUACGGAUAAGCGACAAGUUGCCCCCUGGGUGCGGAUGGAUACAGUGAUGUGGUUGGAAAGUCUCCCUUGUCUGUGUCCCCUGGGAGAGAUCUUGAAUCGGUUCCUUCUGCUCCUGUGACUAGGGGUGUGCUCAGCAAUGGGACCAUAUUCUGAAUAUUUUAGAUGAGGUUUUUGCAUUUAAUGAGAUUGUUCUACUGCACACAUUGGGAGAAGAACCAUCACUUCCUUCUCUCCCUGACCCCCAACCUCUUGUGCCUCUAUCAUAACUUGCUUUUACCCGAGUUCCUCUCUCUGCUAUUUACACACUGCAAGUCCUCCUUCAGCUCAGGCAUUAUGAGGUGGAGUGGAGAGGGGUGAUGGCUGCUCAAGUGCCUGAGUCGUGCCAGGCUAAAAGCUUCUUGUGACUCAACUUUAAAUUGUGACAUUAUAGCUGAUUGCAUUUGCUCAGUGUCUCAGACACAUUGACACAGAGCAGCAAUAAUCCCAAUACGUUAACUGAAACCCAAGGAUGGCCUGCUUCUGAGCAGCAGAGGCUAAUUUAUUCGAGCCUCCAAUUCCUUCCCACAGAGGCCCUAGAAUCCUGUAAGUCCCGAAAUGGUUGCUGAGGCAACAUUACCUGCUGAGUAAAAUAAUGUGCUCUCCAGCUUCACCAUGUUCUUGCUUAAAAGGGUCUGUUAAAUACAUGUCCAUGAACGAUGUAGUCAUGUAAAGUGGGUAAAUAUAUCAGGGUGGCUAUUUCCUUUGGAAACUUAAUCAUCUAAAAUUUGUAAAUUUUGAUCUACGCUGGUUGCAAAUAUCCCUCAGGUUUUAAAUUUGUAAGUAACUUUCUAUUGAAGGUAAUCAUAUUCUUCUUGGCCAUUAAAAAAUGAUGCAUAUUAGGUUAUUUUUCAAGUAGAUAUUAAUGACAUGUUUAUUUAAAAAAAAAGAAAACUAGUAAGUGUAGGUGGCCUAAAAUGCUGAGUUACUGGUUGUCUUGGAAAGAAAAGAUUACAAAAUGGUAAUUAUAUCUGAUUUUAAUUUACACUGUAUUUUGGUAUUUUGUCUUUUAGAAGUGGAAGAGUUGAGCCCGAAGAACAACUUAAAAUGCCUGCAGCCCUUGCGUGUGGGCUGCACCCCUGGGGGUGAGCUCUGUACGGAGCGUGUGCUGUGUGUCAUGACGCAUUCGGCAGGAUGUUCUGUUUGUUUACCUGUGAAACGCCACAGAUUCUGAAUGGCCGCCUCUCUCCCUAGCACGGCAGGUCCACUGCCAACUGUGACUGCUGUCCUGGGAUUCUGAGGUGGGCGCAUCUUUUCGAUUUGGCAAGACCUUUGGAAGUGGUGGCAGGCCCUGGGCCUUUGCCCUCCGCUGGCCCCAGGACACGCUCCCCAUGACUCCCACUGGCCCUUGGUCACCUGCUUCUGAGGACACGGGUUCUGUCCUGGGGGCAGCGUCUGCAGGAGGGGCCAUCCUGGUGCGUGGCUGCUGGGAAGGGAAGGUGCUGAGUAAGCUCUGAGCUUUGGGACACAUGGACACAUUGGGACUUUGUCUCUCUCUUUUCAUAUUGGCUGAGUUUGCCCUUUAGACCAUGGGAGGAAGGGCUGAUCCUCUAGCAAAGGUUUUGAUGCUACUUUUGGGGUGGAAGCCUCAUUGUUUCUGGAUAUCUUGAGAUAUAUAUAACUCCACCGUUUCAGCAGUUAGAGAAGUCAAGGGCACUGGGGCAGAUGGGGUCCAGCAUCCGCCUUUCCAUCUCUUCAGCCUCCUAGUGGUGGUGAUGCACAAGGUGCCCUUUGAGCUGGACUGCACUUCAUGUUCUAUGUGUUUUCUGUGACCCCCAUGCACUGCAGCACCUUAAUUCAAGAUUGGCUGUUGAUGAUUAAAACUGGAACUAUUUAUGUUCUGAAGGCCUGUGUGCAUGUAUGAAGCUCUUCUUCCCCCGUUCGGUGAACUUAUUUUGGGCAGUCACACAAACGCGGCAUAGAGCGGGUAAAGGGCAGUUGUCUGGUAGGACUGGUGAAGAAUGUACUGUGCCCAAGUGGACACGUCCACUGCACUUCACAGCAUGGCAGGCAGUAGAGUGAGUGCAGGGUGGGCGCCCAAGCCCAGGGAGGUGGGGAAGGCUGCGUUUGUGUCUGUGUGGCAGGGGGCACACGGCACGGGGCACCACAGCCUGUGCUGCAGGUGGGGAAAGUGAAGUGAGGCUUCAUCAAGGUCAGAAAGAACUGCUUGCAGUAAAUACAUGAUAUCUCAGCUUCUGGAGUGGAUGCCAGCAGGGACCCGGAAGGCUUCCGGGUGCCGUGGGCUGUCACGUCCACAGCACCACUGAGUUGAUGGGAAAAUCACAGAGCAUGAUCUGGCUGGGUGCCUAGAGCCUGUUGCUUGGAGUUCCCCAGCUUGCGGAGACACAGAUCGGUGACGGAGGCCGGGGCCCAGCCUGGGGAGCAGCUCCAGGCCCCUCCCCUUCUGUUCAGCCAGAGGGUUCGGCUUCAGUUGGCCUUUGCAUUUCCAUGUAAUAUGUCACUGAAGGUAGUUCAAAAAAAUGGAUCUGUGGAACAUAUCCAUUGUUUGUGUCGGAUUUUCUGUCCACUCUUCAUUCACCAUUUCUAGUACCCAAAUGCUUGUCCUUUACUGUUCCCUGCCCCUUCCUUAAGGCCCAUCCCAUGACUAUACUUGAGAUCUUCCAGAUUUUGUCACUGUUGACUGCUUGCGAAUGGCUUGAUCCUUGAUCUCCACAUCUCCCACAUCUUCAUUUUCUGGUCAGACCAAAGACUUUUUCCUUGUCAUCCUAUAAAUACCUCUCCUUUGGACAGAGAGGUGUCAGAAAUGCAGCUUUAGAGCAGAUUGCUUUCACAAGGGACCCAGGCCCUCAGAGAUCUGCAGGGUAGAGGGGCCCACGGCAUGCUGCAUCCUGAGGGCCUCUAUGGGGUGCCGGCCCUGGUGGUGCCGUGCGUGCCCCAGCUAGUUUUUCAGCAGUGGCCGGCACGCCUCGUGCCUUCUGCAAGGUCACACCUAGGGGGACGGAGGAUCAUGAGGCUGGACCUGAUGGCGGCUGCGACGGCCCUCGUGGACGUGCUCCAGGCUGCGAAGGACACGUCUUGCCAGGCCCCCAGCCACCAACGGCGCCCACUUCUCCAGGGAGGUUGGACAGGUGCACGGGCGCCUCCUGAUGCCUGCGCCAGGCUUCCUGGUCAGUCAGGAGAGAAGAAGAGAUUCAGAGGUUGAAGUUUUGAUCUUGAGGGAUAGAAAUCCAAAGUUUUCUUGAGAAUUGUUGGCCCGAUCCUUGAACUUCCUGCGUUGUGUCCACCUCAGUGAGGAGGAGAGCUGCGCACGGCAGGAUGGGC